AUGACGAAGUACAUUCUGGUUUCGGGGGGAGUUGUUAGUGGAAUCGGGAAGGGUGUAAUCGCCUCUUCCACAGGCUUGCUGUUGAAAACGACAGGCCUGAAGGUCACUGCUAUCAAAAUAGACCCUUACAUGAACAUAGAUGCAGGUACCAUGCGACCACAAGAGCACGGCGAGGUAUAUGUGCUCAAUGACGGCGGUGAAGUUGACCUCGAUUUGGGAAACUAUGAACGAUAUCUGGAUGUUACUCUGUCUCGGGAUAACAAUAUUACGACCGGAAAAAUUUACAGGGAAGUUAUCGACAAGGAGCGCAGAGGAGACUAUUUGGGGAAGACCGUUCAGAUUGUUCCCCAUAUCACAAACGCCAUUCAAGACUGGAUAGAACGUGUAUCCAAAAUCCCAGUUGAUGACACUGGUGAAGAGCCAGACCUCUGCAUCAUCGAGCUUGGUGGAACGGUUGGCGACAUCGAGUCUGCGCCCUUCAUUGAAGCAAUGCGACAAUUCCAGUUCCGCGUUGGCUGUGAGAAUUUUGCCCUUAUUCACGUCUCCCUCGUUCCCGAUAUGCACGGCGAGCAGAAGACAAAGCCGACACAGACAACCGUGCACGCGUUGCGUGGUCUAGGUCUCCUCCCCGAUCUGAUUGCAUGCCGGCUGAUCGUCCAAAAACCCCUCGAGCCGGCGACUAAGGCCAAGAUUUCAAUGUUCUGUCAUGUCUCCCCGGACCAGGUCAUCGGCGUACACGAUGUCACAUCGGUGUAUCACGUCCCGCUGCUUCUGCAGUCGCAGGGCAUUGUCGAGUUCCUGCAGAAACGUCUGAACCUCGGGAGCAUCAAGCUUACGCAGGCGAUGAAGGACCACGGCUCCAGUCUCGAGUCCCGGUGGCGCGAGUUGACCAAACGGCAAGAACGCUACCUGGAUGAGGUGACAAUCGUCCUAGUCGGCAAGUACACCGACCUACAGGACUCGUAUAUGUCCGUCUCAAAAUCUCUCGAGCACUCUGCAUUCCGCUGCAAUCGGAAGCUGACCCUGAAGUGGGUCGACUCGUCCGACCUAGAGCCAGAAAUGCAAAACUCAAAUCCCGCGCGAUACCAUGACGCGUGGCGGGCGCUCGUGUCCGCAGGCGGGAUAUUGGUACCGGGUGGGUUCGGCGUUCGCGGGACAGAGGGCAUGCUAAUGGCGAUUAAGUGGGCUCGAGAGCAGAAGAUCCCCUUCCUGGGCAUCUGCUUCGGCUUCCAGCUCGCCGUGAUUGAGUUCGCGCGCAAUGUCUGCGGUCUGCCAACCGCAACGUCUAUGGAGUUCGACAAGGAUACACCGCAUCCACUUAUCAUCUUCAUGCCCGAGAUCUCGAAGACGCACUUGGGCGGGACGAUGCGUCUCGGGCUGCGGCCGACCGUUUUCGACCAGGAGUCGGAGAAGUGGUCAAAGGUGCGCAAGCUGUACGGCGGCGCGGGCAAGAUCUGGGAGCGCCACCGUCAUCGCUAUGAGGUGAACCCCGCGUACAUCGAGAAGCUCACGGAGAGCGGACUCGCGUUCGUCGGCAAGGACGAGAAGGGUGAGCGGAUGCAGGUGCUCGAGCUGCCCGACCAUCCAUACUUUGUCGCUUUCCAGGCUCACCCCGAGUUCUGUACACGUCCGCUGAACCCGUCGCCGCCCUUCCUCGGUUUCGUAGCCGCUGCGGCGGGUGUGACCGUCCUGCAGGAGCAGAUGGAGUCGCAACUGAGGACGUAUCAUCCUCCCCAUCCCGAGAGCGCGAUGAUCAGCGAGGCGGAGCUUAGGGAGGCAGAGAAUGUCUGGCGGAGUACAGAAGUGUUGACCAAUGGCGAUUGA